AUGGCCGUUCAAGACAUUCGCAGAGAGAGCCUUGCAAGCUCCUCAUCUGCCUCCACAGAACAAUCAACUGCACCUCCACAAAGCCAAAGCCCACACGUGGUAGUGCCCAGUCCUCGCCUGAAGAAUGGCUUUAUAAAAGUCCACAUGGCUGGCGAGGUCACUGCCGUCUUUUGGUUGCGUCACUAUCUGGAUGCUCCCUCCGACGAUUACGAAGCUCAGUUCAACGCUGAAGGCCUUGAUUAUACUACAUUCAUCGAGGAUUUGGAAAGGCACUUUGGGUACAAUGUGCAGCAGCACUCGAUUGUCUGGGACCCGAGAGGCUUCGUCAACGCCCUAGACUGCCAGCAUGUGGUCAGGGGUCAGAAUGCCUGGGUGACUGCUCUGAUUGCCAUGCAGACUCAGAGAUCUCUGGGAGAAGAGGUCAUUUUCCACUUUCACAUUGUGAACUACAUUGAGUAUGGUAUGUGA